UGACGUCACAUCCGGCAUGUUACAGUGCUGAAGUCUUUCAUUGCUGUAUAAAGCACAACUUCGUGUUCGUACACACCAGAUAUUGUGAAAGUUUGUCGAUUUCGCGCAGCGAGUGAGCCAAUUGUCGCACUAAUUCGCUUCCUUAGAACGCAAAAUGCCGAAGAACAAAGGAAAGGGAGGUAAAAACCGGAGGAGAGGAAAGAACGAGAACGAGACGGAAAAGCGUGAGCUGGUAUUCAAGGAGGACGGACAGGAGUACGCACAGGUGACAAAAAUGCUGGGCAACGGCCGCCUGGAGGCCAUGUGCUUCGACGGCAGCAAGCGGCUGUGUCACAUCCGCGGCAAGCUUCGCAAGAAGGUGUGGAUCAACCAGGGGGACAUCAUCCUGAUCGGCCUCCGAGACUACCAGGACGCCAAGGGCGACGUCAUCCUCAAGUACACGCCUGACGAGGCGCGCAACCUUAAGACCUACGGCGAGUUCCCGGAAUCUGUCAGGAUCAACGACACAGUCACGUUCGUCGACGGCGACCUGGACGAGGACAUCGAGUUCGGCGACGACGUCAGUGACGACGAAGAGGGUGACCUCGUCGACAACAUCUGAUUCCGGCCGCUGCUGGAGUGCGACCAAAUAUUGAUUACACGGACUCAUUCGUUAUUAAACUUUAAUGUUAAUUCCUUAAAA